AUGGAUGUCUGCUUUGACACAGUGGGUUACAGGUGUGACUAUGAUAGGGAGCAGUUUGCUGAGAACCCAGUGUGGCUGCUGAUUGGCACCAAGUUUGACCAGAUCGCAGACAACAAGCGCAAUGAAGUUCUCACCCGAACAGCCUUUCUCUCUGAAGACUUCAAUGCCGAGGAGAUUAAUCUGGACUGCACUAACCCCAGAUACCUGGCUGCAGGCACAUCGAAUGCAGUGAAGCUGAGCAGGUUCUUUGACAAGGUUAUAGAAAAGAGAUAUUUCACAAGAGAUCCAAGUCAGAUGACAGGUUUCACUGACAGAAAGCGCUUCAACUUCAAAAGUUUACACUAUGACUGACGAGGCUGGAGCGCUGCAGCGGUGGCCUUGGGGGUUUGAUCAGAGUGCAUGUGUGGGCUCCUCCACCACAACCACCACACUCACUGAGAUACUUUUGAUAUCAGCCCUCGUCUGAUACACCGCCAUUUCUCCCUCACGCCAUUCAGUCUUACACACACUUUCACCCAGAAAUGACUCAGACCUGUGCUGCUGACAAAAGAGUUUUUAAAUGAGAUAAAGAAAGAAAUUUGUACAUAGUUGACAAAACUUGCACAAGGAUUUUUCAAAAAGGAAGUUGCAGGAAUGAAAAGACAAGCUUGAGCAAUUUUUGAAAGGACAAAGGCACAUUCUAUAACUGUACAGCAAGAUGUUAGGUUGAAUAUAUUCUCCAAAUUCUUCUUCUUUUUAAUAAAUGCAACUGUGAUUUUUUUUUUUUUCAUACCUCUGCAAAACAUUCACAUGUACCAGUUUCCCUUUAAGGCUAAAUUAAUUUAAAUUUCGCUAAUUUAUUAAGCUGCGUUAAGAAAGGGAUAACUUCUUGGCCUCUGAAUAGUGGCUCAUAUAACAUCCCCCUACCCCUGCAUGGUUUUCUUGAUCCAGGGAAGAAAGAAGUGUAGGUUCAUGAAGACAUGGGGAUGAUUAGGCUUUUCGCAGUCAUUCUUGUAAGUAUAAGCUGUGAUACCCUGAGGUUUGCUGUUGCAGAUCAGCGGUCCGCCAGAAUCCCCCUGCACGGAAAAGGCAACAGAAACACUUGAUUGUGGAAAGAGUGCUCUUAAUGAAUUAAAGAAAUAAUUUGUGACA